AUGGCCUACUAUGACGAGGACAUCGGUCAAGCAACCGAGACCAUGGCGUACAUAACCCGAAGUGUUCCGGUCUGCGCCUCCAUGCGGAGGACGAUAUACGUCAAGGGGAAGAUGGACUCGGAGAAACGGCUCGCACUGGGUGCGAUGGCGGAUAGAGUGGUGGAGCUCUCGAACGUAGGCAGAGAAGGAGAAACAUACCUCAACCAUAUCAUCCAACACUACCACGCCGGUCUCGCAGAAUACACCAUCUUUGCCCAGCCUCAUCUCGCUUGGGACUGGAUCAUCAAGCCGCGGUUGGACGACCUGGACAAGUUUGCCAACAUCGGAUUUAUGUCGCUCGGUCCAUACGUCACGCAGACGUGCGGGAAGGACAGCAGUGACAAUGAAUUCCCGAGGAUGGCGGAUAUCUACAGCGCGUUCAGGCAGGACCUGUGCCCGCCGUACCCAGUCCUGGCCACUUGGGCUGGGCAAUUCGUCGUCUCGCGCAAGCGUAUACUCGCCAACUCGCUUGUCUCCUACACGAACCUCAUGGACAAGUUCCACGCCCCGCCCGAGCACUGGAUCUGGAAAGAGGGAUGGGGAAAUAACGAGCUGUCAAACCCUACUCUGGGCCAUGCUCUGGAACGGACCUGGCCAAUCAUCUUCAACUGCACCGACGCAUCAAUAGCGGACAUCUGUGGCGAGAAGUCAGGAUCGGACUGCCUCUGCCUAGACUAG